CCACAAGCGAUCUUCCAAGACCGUGAGCUCUGCGUGAAUCGGCACUCUUGUUCUUUUCACAUAUUCUCAAUAUCCUUGAAACAUGUCAGACGAUGGAUAUGGAGGAGGUGGGGGAGAUGACUAUGACUACGAUGGACCGAGUUUUAAUGACGGUGCCUUCGAUGAGACCUAUGAUCUCUUAGCUAACGAGACACAGGAGGGGGAGCAAGGAGAGGAGGAAGGUGCAGGAGAAGUAUCACAUGUAAAUGGGGUCAAUGGCACAGACCACGACCAGGAAAUGACGAAUGGAGACGAGGGAACCCAGCCCCAUGAACCGAGCACGACCGGUGCGGGAAUGCAUGGAGAAAGACAACCGAACAAAGUAAGGGUUACAACGCCCUAUCUGACCAAAUAUGAGCGUGCACGGAUAUUGGGGACUAGAGCACUACAAAUAAGUAUGAAUGCCCCCGUCCUUGUUCCUCUCGAUGGCGAAACAGAUGCACUUCAAAUCGCCAUCAAAGAACUCUCUCAACGAAAAAUACCUCUUAUCAUCAGACGAUAUCUGCCAGACGGUAGUUUUGAGGACUGGAGUGUCUCGGAGCUCAUCAGCGAGUAAAGUGGAGACAUACAUAAAAUGUGUGAGUAGCUGUCCAUAGAAUGUUGUUUAAAAUAUCUUGUCGAGUUUAUGGGACUUGUGUUAUGAGUAUAUUCUAGCUAGUUAUAAUGGCUUGGUUGUGACUGGUCUUUU